AUGUCUCAAAAAAUAGAAGAAAUUAGGUAUUGUCCGGCAGGUCAUUCUUCUAAGGAUCUGUGUUCUGGUCGACGAAAUUGCAUUAGAUUUGAUUUAGGAAUAUGCUGUAAAGUUGCUUUAAAAGAAAUAAAAGAUUCCAGAUAUGAUAUAGCUGAAUUUUUGAAAAUGAUAAAGACAAUUUAUGAUUUUGAUGGUUAUGACUUUAUUACUAAAUAUUAUGGAAUUUCAAAAAAUCCUUCUACACAAAACUACAUUAUUGUCAUGGAAUCAUUUGAUGUUGACUUACAUAAUCUUUUAACGAAAACUUUUUGGGAUUUAGGGUGGAAACAAAAAAACGACAUAUUAUUUUCAAUAGCUGCGGGUCUUAGAAUCUUACAUGCAGGAAAUUUAGUUCAUUGUAACCUUCAUAGUGGAAAUAUUUUAAAUGACGGCAUUGAUUCUGUCAUAGAUUUAGAUUUAUGUGAAUUGGAAAAUGAUUUAAUUUUAAAAUGUGACAAAAUUUAUGGAUCAAUUCCAUAUAUUCCACCUGAGGUAUUAAGAGGCAAUAGAUUUACGAGAGAGGGUGAUAUUUAUAGUUUCGGUGGAAUAAUGUAUGAAAUAGUUACUGCACAACGACCAUUUGCUGACCAAGCACAUGAUACUUAUUUGAUGAUUGAUAUAUGUAAUGAAUGGUAUUUAAACUUAAUGUAUCGAUGUUGGAGUGAUGAUCCCUCUGAACGUCCAAUUACUGAUGAAUUAGUGGAUUUAUUUCAGGACGUAUUAGUAAAACUUCAAAUUAAUAUAGUGGAUAAUGAUGUUAUGCGACAACUUAAAAUUGCUCGUGAAAAUCAAAAGAAUACAUCAAAAUCUCAAAAGCAUGAAUUAUUAGAAUUAUUUGCACAUUCAAGUAAGUUACAUCCACAAUCAUGUUAUAUUGGCCGAUAUAUUCAUACUCUUCAUGGAUUGAAUGAUUUAUUGGAAGAAAUAAAAUCUGGUAAAUCUUCAGAUCCUAAUGUAUUAAAGUCUAAUGAAUCAACUAUUUUAAACGUCAAUACUUAUGAUAUUCAUUAG